CAUUUCCCCAGACACGAGAUGUUGAGCAAAUACUAACAAUAAUUUUUGAAGGGCUUGAUGUUAUCUACAUUCUCAAUCUUGUGCUGCACUUCCUGGUCCCUGACAGUGCUCUGAUAGGAAUAUCCUCUCCAGCUCUGGCCCACCUUUCCUCAGACGUCACUGCGUUUGCCAGGCACAGUCGCAACUGCAAAGAUGACCUGAGUGAUCUGAAAGCCGACAGCAGCCCCAUCAUGGAUAAUGAGAUGACCGCCAAAGAGCGCGGCGUGCUGGAGGACAAUGAGAAGGAGGAGGUGGAACGGGGAGAGGGAGGUACGGAGGAGGAGAGCCUAACGGAAGAGCAGGAGCUGGAGGAGCUCAGGGCACAGGUGGUUCAACUGCUGUUGGAGCUGGACGAAGCCCGCGAGACCUCCAACAAGCACCAAGAGAGCUUCCAUGAGCUACAAGGGCUGUUGGAGGAUGAACGUCUGGCCAGUGCCCAUCAAGCUGAGACCUUCACGCGCCAAAUCCAGAACCUGCAAGCCCAGCUUCGGUCCGUGCAGGAGGAGAUGAACAGCCUGGAGGAGGAGAAGGAGAGCGAGCUGGCGGAAGCACAGGAGGAGCUGAGAGUGGCCCAUGAGGAGGUGAUUCUUCUGCAGCAAGCAGCUGAGGAGGCAGCCGCUGAGCGCGAGAACGACAUCGCCAGCCUGCAGGAGGAGCUGUGCAGACGCAGGGCAGAACUACAGCGGCUGAGUGAAGAGACACAGGCCUAUGAGCUGGAGAUAACCACUCUGCGAGCUGAGAUCAACAUGAAGAGCCAGCGCAGGGAGGCAGAGAGGAGAGAGGGUGAUGUGGAUUUGUUAAAGGAGGAGUGUCGUGUACUGAAAGAGGAGUGUGAGACGCUGAAGGAGGACAACAGACGGCUCUCAGAGAAGCUCCAGCUGCUGCAGAGACAGAGGACCAGUUCCAGUGUGUACCUCUCUCUGAAGGAGGAGGACAGUGACGCCCCUGAAGGCAAAGGUCUGGACUCUGAGGAGGUCCUGACAGAGAGCUACAUGACCAUGGCCCACUCGGAGAACUGCCACCUACGAGACGCCUCCAUCCAGAAGAACAUCUCCUUUGACGGGAAGCCUAUGACUCCCACCAGCUGGAGCGGGGGCAUGGGUGAGAUCCUCUCCCUACGGGACCAGCUCAAACAGGCUGAGGAGAAGGCGCUGCAGGUUCAGAGGGAGUGUGACAGUCUGAAGGUCGAGCUGAAGGAUCUACAGGAGCUGUAUGAGAGCAGCCAGAGGGAGAGGGCGGAGCUGGAGGAGGAGCUACAGAGAUGCAAGGCCGAGUUGGAGAAACUGUCCGGAGGGUCCCAGAGAUUCAUCCAUGCGUCUGAGCACCCUGUUCUCUCCAUCCCCUUCAUAGGAAUGAUUGUAAUAGUGGCUGUGGUCUGGUGCUGGUUGUCGGAGCUGGCGUCCCAGAGAGCAAGGGGGGUGAGAUAGGUUGGGGCUCCAUUUUGACUGUCACUGCAGCCACAGCAGUGCUCCUAAUGAUGACUAGCUUGUUGAGAGCUCUUGUCCGCUGCUGAUUGGAUGGCAACAAUCACUGCACAGCGAGGACACACACCCUGGUAUCUCUCCUGCCAUGUGUAUGACUGCAACUUUUUGUAAAAUAUAAUAUAAACGAAUGGGGAAAUGGUGUCCCUAUAAUGAGAAGGUACUUCAUGCAGACAGACGGAGGAAAAUGCCCAGGCCUCGCUUGAGUGGCGUCCGAUGAAAUUUGUGCAGAUGAAGAUGACCCAAACUGACUCCUCAUAUUGUAUGCUAGUGCUGUGUCAUUGUCUGUGCAUAACUCUUUAACGCAAAAUACGAAUGAUGAAGGUUUUAUUAUUGUGCUUCUGAUGCUUUUCGGUAAUUUAAUUUAUUUAUUUGGGUGUUUUGUUCAUAGCUGUCUUUGAUAAUAAUGAAACAUAUAUGGUCUGCACUUUGAAUGCACUGAACCUACACAGUCCCUUUAAUAAACAAGCCAUUGGUUGCUUGUUUAUUUUCUUUUACAUAAUAAUUCACCUUCAAAUUACCUCAGAAUAUUAAACAGAGUUAGUGGACUAUCCCAUUGUAAGGCCCACUGACUGCUCUGACAGUGCAGCGAAUAGAGUUCAGCCUCAAUAAGCACCUGUCAAUCAUCUGUCGUGGUGACCUUUAACCUUUAGCAAAUGGGUUUUCUGUUAUGUGCUGUGUUACGUCUUCACAUCAGCUGCAAUAUUGCAACAAGUCCAAGGAUAAGGCUCUCUCUCACAAACUGAUUAUUGACAGCACAGAUUUUGAUUAUUUUUCUAUUUUUCUUCUCAUACAUAAAGCGAUGAAAUACAUUUUUAAGGUACAGAAUUUUUAAACCAAAAACUUUUAGUGUCUGAAUAUAGCAAAUUUUGCAUAAAGAACAAAAAAUCUAGGUAAAAGUAUGGACUAUAAUUUAGGUCCAAUAUCUUGCCAUCCUAUUUCACUAUCAAUAACUAAAACCCCUUGUAUCUUUUACUAAAUCCUUAUCAUAAUGGUACUGAUAAGCGUAUUGGAUUCACACUAUGAACUAAUAUACUCUGGAAAUGUUGUUAAAAUGUUACAGUUUGAGUCAUCCCCUGUGUACCCCAUAAAUAUAAAUAAGUAGGCUAAAGCUCAUUUAAAAUCCCGUGCAGCAGAGAUGAGCAGUUACAUAUGUUGAGUUACUUCCAAACCAAGAAAAAUAACAGAUCUUAAUAUACUAUAUGUGGAUAUUUGUUUACACUUGUGAAAUUUUGUUAUAUUUGUGAUAUAUUUUAAAAGUGAAACAAGCAUGCGGCAAACCUUAGAGAAGCACAAUCUAUAAUUUAUGUUUUGUUGCUUUGUAUUUGAUGUAAAUAGAUGCGACAUACAGUAUACAGUGCAGACCUAUGGGAGAGAUACUGUAUUUCUUAAACCCAUUUGUACUAGCUUUGUAGAAAGUUGAUUAUUUUUUGGGAGAGCAAAUGUAUAUUUGAUAUCUAAAUGAUAUGCUAUGUUAUAAAUGUUUAUUAUUUAUGGUGAUGUUGCUCAGACAAAGUCAUUUCAGUGACUCAGCUUUAGAACCUCUUUGGUCUUGCUAUCCACGCUAUCGAGUAUGUUUGUUAAGUGGUGUAAAGAUCAAAUCGCAAACAAAAAUCUAAAUGUACCCAUCAAGCAUUGCAUGAAUUUAUAGUAAGAUUUUCUGUAUCGAAUGAAAUAAUUAUUUUUCCUGUAAUUUCCAAAUACCUUUAUUGCCACAAAUCCUAGCAUUCCAAAAAUGUUAUUAUUUUUGCACAGUACAAUGGAAGGAUUUAAGUGUCUACUCAAUACAAGAUUUUAUCAUCUUUACAAACUUGUGACAAUCUGUAAACAGACUUUGUUGUAACGUUUCUGCUAGAGGGACAGUCACCUGCUUGUCUUCAUGGAAAUGUUAUUGCUUUGUCUAGAAUGUUCCAUCUAUCUCAAGAGGGACUACUAGGCCAGAUGUGUGGAGAGUCGCCCUUAUUCACAGAGAGAAUUAUUGUAUUUUUGAGCAAUAGAAACACCCGUAAUGAAUAAAUGCUAGAAAUGUUUAAUGUCAUACCAUGGAAUAUUCCAGGCAAAGCAAUAACAUCUCCAUGGAGACAGGCAGGUGAUGGGUCAGUUAUACUUGGAUGACAGUACAUUCCUGUUAGGUCAUUCUUAAUGCCUUAUUUUAUGAAUUUAAUGUUUUAAUUUUGUUGCUGUUGGACCAGUUAGUCCAGUAUCACCCAUCUCUACACUAAUUAGAAACAAGAGUAACUACUUAAUACCCAUAACUACUGCAUCCUCUUGUGUAAGUACAGUACAUACCAUCAAUUGCUUCUAUAUUGCACUAUGUUUCUCUGCUUGCUGCUUACAUGUACUAGGAUUGAUGUUCGCAAUAUUAUAGGUGUGGCUAUUUUGUUACCUGGAGGUCUAUUUUGUACUGUAAAUGACUUGAAGAAAUAAAAAUACCUUCCUUGCCAAACAGA